AUGGUGCGGAAGCUAAAGUUCCACGAGCAGAAGCUUCUGAAGCAGGUGGACUUCCUAAACUGGGAAGUCACCGACCACAACCUCCACGAGCUGCGCGUGCUGCGGCGGUACGGGCUCCAGCGGCGCGAGGAGUACACGCGCUACAACCAGCUAAGCCGGGCGGUGCGUGAGCUGGCGCGGCGCCUGCGCGACCUGCCCGAACGCGACCCAUUCCGCGUGCGCGCCUCGGCGGCGCUGUUGGACAAGCUGUACGCUCUCGGCCUGGUGCCCACGCGCGGCUCACUAGAGCUCUGCGACUUCGUCUCAGCCUCCUCCUUCUGCCGCCGCCGCCUGCCUACUUUGCUCCUCAAGCUACGCAUGGCGCAGCACCUUCAGGCUGCUGUGGCCUUUGUGGAGCAGGGUCAUGUCCGCGUGGGCCCAGACGUGGUCACCGAUCCCGCCUUUCUCGUCACUCGCAGCAUGGAGGACUUUGUCACUUGGGUGGACUCGUCCAAGAUCAAGCGGCACGUGCUGGAGUACAAUGAGGAGCGGGAUGACUUUGAUCUGGAUGCCUAG